CGUUUAACCUUUACCGCGGUAUUAUUAGCAUCGUUAUGGCAAAAAUAAAUUAUUACUUUAUUUUGUUAUCUAUCUGUGUUGCAUGUACAUUUGAAAUUGAUACAUCUAUACUCAAAAAGGAUUACAUAAUUAUAUAUCAACAGGAUUUUGAGACGGGCGUUUGCAAGUUUGUAAAAGAAGAUGGUAAAAAUCCGUUAGAUGAAAAAUUAGAUUUGGCGUUCUAUUUAAAACCACAGGAACCUUGCUACGUUUAUAUAUCCAAUAACAUUACGAAAAUGGGAAUAACCGGCGAAAAUGUAUACAACUACAAAUACACUUUUGAGGCAGCUGAACUGAUAUUUGGAACAUUAUUUCGCCAAGGAGGAAUUCCUCCAUCCAAAUAAUGUAUACAUUAAUUGUAUUUCAUCGAUUUCGAGAUCAUUAUGAUUAUGUUUUUAUGUUACUAUACUCAAGUUUUUAGUUUUUUGUUUUU